UGAUAAGAGAGGUACUAUGUAGUUGUUACACUGCGUAAGGUGAGAUUCCAGGAUACACAACAGCAGCCACGACAUUAGUCUUGUGACAUGGUACCGGGUAGGACGACUUAUCCGUUGAAUUGGAUCGUUUAACCUUCGUCUCCCCUUCUUGUCAACCUUGCAUCCUGCAUCCUGCGUCCUAAUUCUCCUCUCUGCCUACCUAAUCAUGCCUUCGAGCACCCAUCACAGCUCAUCAGAAUGAAGCAACCCCAUGGACUCCACACUGAGGGCCGUAUCCCAUCUUUAUCGGCCGAAGAACGGAGGAUAUCGCGAUGGCGAUCGGUAGCAACUAUCGUUAUUGGGAUUUUCUCUAUACUGUCUCUACUUUACCAGCUGAAUAGAGCGAGGGUGAUAAUCAAUCCCAAGGGGGAAGAGCUAGGUUUCACAGAUUGGAAGUGGAGUGAUAUAAAACCCAGUAGGUCACUCCACUGGCACCGCUGCUACAAUGACACCUACGACUGCGCAAGACUGGAUGUCCCGAUGGACUGGCUCGACCCGUCCGAUGACCCAUCGGGAAGAGUUGUGCUAGCAAUUACACGACUUAGAGCUACUGAGCUUGACAACUACCAAGGAAGCAUAAUCUUCAACCCAGGAGGUCCUGGUGGAUCUGGCGUCUAUGCGCUGAGAGACCGCGGCGCACUUCUGCAGACCAUCGCCGGCAGGAACCACGAUAUCAUAUCAUUUGAUCCUCGGGGUAUUGGCGCAUCUAUUCCGCGAAUAGACUGCUGGGGCUCCGAGGAGAAGAGCCGGCUCUGGGCAUUGCAGGACGUCGGCGUAGUUGACGCCCAUCCCGGAGUCAUCUACGACGCUUUCGCCCGAGCAACCGCUUUCUCACAGGCUUGCGAAAGGAAUAUGAACGACUCGGGACUGCUGUCGCAUAUUAGCACCGUUUCACACGCGCGCGACUUGCUCGAGAUCCUGCACCAAACUGGGCAGGACAAGCUCAAAUACUGGGGGUUCAGCUACGGAACAAUCCUUGGCGGUGUAUUCGCAGCUAUGUAUCCCGAUAAGGUCGAAAGACUUGUAAGCGAUGGCAACGUAGACUAUCAAGAGUGGCAUUGGCACUCUUACGUAAACUUCUUGCACGAUACCGACAAGGUCAUGGAGGCUUUCUACGACUUUUGUCAUAAAGCCGGCCCUUCCACCUGCGAUUUCUAUGCCUCGUCUCCGGCAGCCAUAGAAAAACGGCUCGCUAGCCUUCUAGCACGAGUCCGAAAACACCCGAUCAUUGUGCCGGCGUCUGAGAAAGGCCCAGACAUGCCUCAGUUGAUUACAUGGUCGAACCUCAAGCGGCUGGUCUCCGCCGCAUUAUACCGGCCAAUUUUCAUGUUCAAGGAUUUUGCCAAAGUCCUCAAGUCCUUAGAAGACGGGGAUGGUGAGCCUUUCUACCGACUAGUGAAAUCUGAGGACUCCACGCCUAUCUGUUCUAUCGAAGCUAUCCCGCCAAACGUACCACGGUUAGAAGAGGGAAACGCUGAUGCCUUUCCUGCGAUUCUUUGCGCCGAUGCACCUCCGGUCGAAGACACGGUAGAAGAGUUUGCUGACUUCGUUGAGGAGCUCAUGCAUAUCAGUUCUGCGGCUGGCGAUGUCAAUGCUCUCUUCAGGAUGGCCUGCGUAGGCAGAACCGUCAGACCUAAAUGGAGGUACACAGGCCCUUUCGAAGGGAACACAAGCCAUCCAAUUCUCUACGUAGCUAACGUGGCCGACAAUGUAUCGCCGCUUGUCAGCGCGAGGAACAACUCUCGGGGAUUUCCAGGGUCUGUCGUCUUAGUGCAAAACUCCUACGGGCACACCAGUCUGUCAGCAGCCUCAACUUGCACAGCCGGAUAUAUUCGCGCCUACUUUCAGAACGGCACACUCCCAAAACCAGGGACGAUGUGCGAGCCGGAUUAUACACCUUUCGAGGACGUGUAUCCAAAAGCUGGAAACGAACUGACUAUGGCAUCUUACGAAUUGAUGAACCUGAACAGGGGUUUCAUACCAGGGCUAGAACUUCAGUUACCGUGAAGCAUGGCGUUGUGGUGUCGCUUCUAUCCUGAUUCGUUGUAGCCGCUAAAGUAUUCCUCCAAUCGCUUUUUGUAUAUGCAUGCAGAUAUUUUGAUCAAACAAUAAGACAUUACAUUAUGAGUGACGCUGUUUGAAGCUAACCUAGAAAAGAAACGAUGUA